AUGGCCUUGGCCGUUUUACGAUCCUCUUUCCGGCCUACUCCCCUUCGACGAUUCCAGUUGCCCGUGCAGACCAUGGCGAUGUCGCAGCAACGCUUCAGCAGCUCGUUCUCCUCCUACCUCGUCACGCCCCAAGAGCUGAAUACGGCGCUGAAGAAGUAUCCUUCAAGCAGUAUCUCGACUGCCCCGCGUGUUAUCCCCCUCUGUGCGGCAUGGUUCAUGCCGAACGAUCCCGAGGGCCGCACUGGCAUUGCAGCCUUUCGCCAGGGCCAUAUUCCUCAUGCGCGUUUCUUUGACAUUGACGGCGUCAAAGAUGAGGAUUCCCCAUACCCACACAUGCUGCCAACAAACGAACACUUUGCCGAGGCCAUGAGAGAGCUUGGGAUACAGCGCGACGACGAAAUCGUUGUUUACGAUACCGCCGAACAGGGCAUUCUCAGCGCUCCUCGAGUCGGAUGGACGUUGCGUUUCUUCGGCCAUCCGAAUGUACACGUACUAAACAACUAUCGUCUGUGGGUCGAACAAGGACUCCCUGUGGAAUCGGGAGAUCCCAAACCGGUCGAGAAAACAAAGUAUCCAAUCCCGGCAUAUGACACCGACCACGUUGUUCUCUUCCCAGAGAUGAAGGAAAUUGUCAAGGACUAUGGCAAGGAAGGUGCGGAUGAAGUUGAGAUUCUCGAUGCGAGACCGUAUGGCCGCUGGUCGGGUGAAGCGCCAGAGCCCCGUGCUGGACUGUCCUCUGGUCAUAUGCCAGGUUCUACGAGCCUCCCCUUUGGCGAAUUGCUUGACCCCAAGACCAAGGCUUUCCUUUCUCCGGACGAAUUGCGCAAGGUUAUCGAGGGCAAGGGCGUGGAUCCGUCAAAGACCAUCAUCAGCUCUUGCGGAUCCGGCGUGACGGCCGCCGUGAUUGAGACCGCGCUUCAUGUGUCUGGAUUCGGGGAUCCUGCCAAAAGACGACUUUACGAUGGCAGCUGGACGGAGUGGGCUCAGCGUGUCAAAGAGGGUAGCGGCUUGAUCAAGAAACUCUAG